AUGUCUCAGCUCGGUCGUCAGACGCCAAAGGUUGAAAGCAAAGCCCGCAAUGUUUUUCGCGGGACGAUAUUCCAAGCCGUCUUGCUGGGCCUCAUCAGCUUCACUCAGCCUGGCAUAUGGACGGCAAUGAACAAUUUGGGAGCUGGCGGUCAAGCGGAACCAUACGUCAUCAAUGCUGUGAACGUCAUUACCUUUGUGAUCAUGAUUGUGUUGUCACCAUUGGCCAGCAUGGUGGGAAACCUGAUUGGCAUGAAGUGGAUCGUUGUCAUUGGAACCCUAGGCUACGUGCCGUACUCCGCUGCGCUCUAUUGCAACUCGAUCUGGGGAACGCAGUGGUUUCUAAUCUUUGGUGCUGUUACAUGUGGAAUUUCAGCAUCGGCACUGUGGCCAGGUGAAGCCGCUAUCGCUGUCGGUUAUCCCGAAGUUGCUCGUCGUGGUGUCUGCAUUAGUAUCUGGAUGGCUCUUGGAAAGCUCGGAUCCAUCAUCGCCACCGCAAUUCAACUUGCCAUCAACAAAGACAGCGACACAACCGGUGCCAUCUCACCCUCGACUUACCUGGUUUUGGUUGCAAUCCAGUGCUUGGGGCUGCCGCUUUCCCUGCUGCUAGCACCCCCAGACAAGCUUAUUCGCAAAGACGGGAAGAAGCCCAUCUUUGCGAACUCUCAGCGGUCGUUCAAGACGCAGUUUAGGGGGUUUCUCGCGCAGUUCAAGCGAAGAGAAGUUCUACUCCUCAUCCCGGCCUUCAUCACCGCGCAAUGGGGCGUCACGUACCAAGGCAACUACAUGGCCGCGUAUUUCACCGUUCGUGCACGUACACUCGCCGGUUUCAUCAUUGCUAUUGUCGGCGCGAUAUCCAAUGUUCUAGCCGGGUGGUGGCUUGACUCAAAGCACUUGAAGAGAACCACGCAAGCACGUUGGAGUUGGUAUUUCUUGUUGGCACUCUUCACACUCGUUUGGAUCUGGAAUCUAGUCGUCCAGGAGCGGUGGGCAAGAGAAAGCCCCGGUGCGAUUGACUGGAGCAGCAAGAGCUUCGGCGAGGGAGUCGCAAUCUUUAUUCUUUACCGGUACGAGGUCUCCCUAUCAACCUCCAAGUUCACAAUGGAAGCGAAUACUAACGAACACACCUUUAGCAUUGCUUACGAGACUGUGGGUGUGUGGCUUUACUGGACCCUCGGGACUUUCGACGUUGAAGCAGACACGAUUGCGUUGUCAAUGGGUGUCCUUCGCUCCGGAGAAUCGCUGGGAUCGGCACUUGCCUAUGCAGUCGGCUCCGUUCGCAGCGCCUCUUUGAUGACGAACCUCAUCAUAUCUGUGGUUGUCUUCUACGUGGGAGCGCCCGCGACGACCUGGGCUGCCCUCCUUGUCAAGGAUAGAAUCCCAGGAGAAUUCUCCGGCUCAGACAGCGAUGCCGACGUCUCUAACGCAAACACAGCCGAGCAAUCCGACGCAGAACAGAUUCAAGUCAACUCUGGGUCCAAAGCAUGA